CUCGACUACGCUUUCCAAACGCCAAAUUCCCUCACACUAGCCCGCAGACAUAAACCAAGCACCGCACCCCUUGGUUGAUCGCUAGCUGCUGGGACCAUGGGUAACACACCAUCGAGCACAAAAAAGGACAAAGGGGAUGGGGCAAAGUCCUCCAGCGACGCUCCCGCACUGGAGAGAGAGAACUACCGCUCAUUCGACAGAUCCGACACGAAGGAGUCUUCCCGAUCGCUGCGCAGCUCCAUCAAAUCCAAAAUACCUGGGACAGGCAAGACGGAAAGUCCUCGAAAUUCCAUCUCUGGACUCACCAUCGACGCACCAAACGGCGGUAUUGACAAGUCAGAUGCUGCGUCCACAAAGUCGGCAGUCAGUGCUAAAUCUGGAGUAUCGCGAUCGCGACGAGAUUCCACUGCAUCUGCCCAAACGCCUACAUUCGACACUGCAGCAGCCCGUUCUAGCACCUUCGCCGAUAGUCCACAACCCCCGCCAUCUCCCAUACAAUCAGCAUCGGUCGGACACGGCCACGAUUCGGUAGAGCGAGCACAGCGCACCGGUGAAGUAGACCAUGUCUCGGAUGCGCCUCCGAGCGGAGUGCCCAUGCCCUUGUCUACGCAGCAACCGGGGGUCUCUAUCUUGAAAAAGGGGGACCGACCUAUACCUAGGGCGCCAGAAGCUCCAGUUGCUACAGACGGAUCUGGGUCGCCUAUGGAAAUCAGUGCUUUGAAGUCCAUUGAUCUCGACGACAUGAUCCAAAGGCUGUUGGAUGCUGCAUAUACUGGCAAGGUCACCAAGACAGUGUGCCUAAAGAACGCCGAGAUAUUCGCCAUCUGUGCAGCUGCCAGGGAAGUUUUUCUGACCCAGCCGGCUCUGCUGGAACUGGCAGCGCCUGUAAAGAUUGUCGGCGAUAUCCACGGCCAGUACACUGAUCUCAUUCGCAUGUUUGAGAUGUGUGGCUUUCCUCCAAACUCUAAUUAUCUUUUCCUCGGCGACUAUGUUGACCGUGGAAAGCAGAGCUUGGAGACCAUCCUGCUGCUGAUGUGCUACAAACUCAAAUUCCCAGAGAACUUUUUCCUGCUGCGAGGCAACCACGAAUGCGCCAAUGUCACCAGGGUCUAUGGAUUUUACGAUGAGUGCAAGCGACGAUGUAAUAUCAAAGUCUGGAAGGCCUUCGUUGACACUUUCAAUUGCCUCCCAAUUGCCGCCAUCGUUGCACAGAAGAUUUUCUGCGUCCAUGGUGGACUCUCUCCCAGUCUAUCACAUAUGGACGACAUCAACAACAUCGCGCGCCCAACCGAUGUCCCUGAUUACGGGUUGCUGAACGAUCUUCUCUGGAGUGACCCAGCAGACAUGGAGAAUGACUGGGAGUCGAACGAACGUGGCGUCAGUUACUGUUUUGGCAAGAAGGUCAUUAUGGAAUUCUUGCAACGGCAUGACUUUGAUCUAGUGUGCAGAGCGCACAUGGUUGUCGAGGAUGGCUACGAGUUUUUCAACGAUCGCAUCUUAGUGACAGUCUUUUCCGCGCCAAAUUACUGUGGCGAAUUUGACAACUGGGGAGCCGUCAUGGCUGUAUCAGCAGAGUUGCUUUGCAGUUUUGAGCUCCUGAAGCCUCUCGACUCUAGUGCGCUAAAAAGCCACAUCAAGAAGAGCCGCAAUAAGAGACAGAGCAUGCUAAACAGUCCGGUACGCUGAGUCACUGAUAUGAACUUUGAUUCUUUCCUUAUAUCUAUUGCCACAUAUACUAGACCGGUAACUGACUUAUGGCCUCUGCAGCCCGCAAAUCAAUACCCCCAGAGCUACUAACGCCGCUGCUC